AUGGCAGUGUGUGAGAGGUUUGGGAAGGGAGAUCCAGAGGAGGCCAUAGAGGAAUUCAACAAGCUGAUGAAGACGGGAAGUGUCACUGAGUACCUAGAGAAGUUUGAACAACUGAAAUCUAUGGUAAUGUUAUCUCUUCCUGAUCAACCUGAUUCCUAUUACAAAUCAUACUUUUUUAGUGGCUUAAAAGAGGAAAUAGUAAGUAUGGUUAGGAUGACCAGACCCCCCACCUUAGCAGACACCAUUGAAGCUGCUAAAUUACAGGAAAGGAACUUGGAAGCCAUUAGGAAAACACAAGGGAAGAUGAUGCACAAAUACACACCCUCACCUGGUACCCCACUUGUUAACAAACAGAAUUUCACCCCACAUACCAAAAUGAAGUGGCCUAACUUCCAAUAUAAGAAGCUAGAGCCUGUUUCCAAUCGAAAUACCAAAACAGGAACUCAUGCAGUAGACCAAUUUAGAAAAAUCACUCCCUCUGAACUGAGUUACAGGAGAGAAAAUGGGUUGUAUUUCAAGUGUGCUGAGCCAUAUACACUGGGACAUGUCUGCAAACAAGCUCACCUGAAUUACAUACUGAUAGAUGAUCCCUGGGGGGUAGGGGAGAACUCAGAUGAACCAGGGAAGGAUACAGAAGAAUUCUGUGAUUGUCCAGAAGGGGAAUUAAGUAAUGAAAAUAUAGAACUAUCCAUCCAUGCUCUGGCAGGGGGGACUGAACAUAAGACCCUUAAGCUAAGAGGGAAGAUAGCAGGGAGGGAGAUCAUAAUUCUGGUAGAUAGUGGGAGCACUCAUUGUUUUAUUGAUGAAAGGUUAGCAAAGAUCAUUCAACUACCAGCUAUUGGAAAUCCAUUGACAGUCAGGGUUGCCAAUGGUGAGCAGUUGAAGUCUAGGCAACUGCAAGGACCCUUACAGUGGGAAAUGCAGGGAAACAAGUUCACAUAUCAAUUCAAUACCUUGAAACUGGGAAGCUACCACAUGGUUUUGGGAGUAGACUGGCUAGCCAGGUAUAGCCCUAUUGAGUUUGAUUUCAGGCAACUCUCCAUGAGGUUCCUACAAGGGAGUCAACUAGUGGAGCUGAAGAGGGAAGUCAGUGAGCUUAAACUCAAGGCCAUCAAAGGAAGUAAACUAGCAAAAUGGAGGAGAAAGCAGGCGUAUGGGAUAACUGCCCAGCUGUAUGUGAUGGAAGAAGGAAAAAAGGACACUGAAGUAAUACCGGCAGAGAUGAAGGAAUUGCUGGACAGGUUUGAUGAAGUGUUUGUUGAGCCCCAAGGCAUGCCUCCAAGGAGGAGCCACGACCACAGCAUUCCAUUGAAAGAAGGAGCUACCCCAUUCCAAGUCAGACCAUACACGUGCCCCUAUGUACAAAAAUCAGAAAUAGAGAGGUUGGUGAGAGAAAUACUGCAGAUGGGAAUCAUUCAGCCUAGUAACAGCCAUUUUGCAUCUCCAGUGUUACUAGUCAAGAAGAAGGAUGGAAGUUGGAGGUCUUGUGUGGACUACAGGCAACUUAAUGAACUCACCUUGAAGGACAAAUUUCCUAUGCCACUAAUAGAUGAGCUUCUUGAUGAAUUACAUGGCUCAAAAUACUUCACCAAGAUUGACUUGAGGGCUGGUUACCAUCAGAUCAGUGUCAAAGUGGAAGAUAUACAUAAGACAGCCUUCGGAAUUUACCAAGGCCUUUAUGAGUUCAAGGUUAUGCCUUUUGGCCUGACAAAUGCCCCAGCAACAUUCCAGAGUCUCAUGAAUCACAUUUUCAGGGAUCAGUUGAGGAGGUAUGUCCUGGUUUUUUUUGAUGACAUACUAAUUUACAGUCCCUCUCUGGAAGUGCACCUGCAGCAGGUAGCAGAGGUACUGAACAUAUUGCAGGAACACCAGCUGUAUGCCAAGAGGAGUAAAUGCUCCUUCGCACAAACAGAAGUGGAAUACCUUGGCCACAUUAUCUCAGGAGAAGGAGUAAGGGCAGAUCCAAAGAAAGUGGACAGUAUGAUGAAAUGGCCCAAACCAGCUUCUGUUAAGGAGCUCAAAGGAUUUCUUGGUCCAACAGGAUAUUACAGAAAUUUGUCAAGGGAUAUGGGGCUAUUGCAAAGCCUCUCACCAUAUUGCUGA